AUGUCGAGGUUUUCCAAGUACAAAAAAGCCGAUUUGAGAGACCUCUUGAAAAAGAUUGGUGUUCAUACGGUAACAAAGGAUAACAAAAAAGUCUUGGUCGAGAAGUUGGACAAUUAUUUGGCUAAAAAUUCCAAGGAUAUUGCUUUGGUGGAGAAGAUUUUGGAAGAAUCCGGUGCAAACGAAGUAGAUGAGGAGGAAAUCACUAUUGUUGAAGAAGGAGUCGUAGCUGAAGAGGAAGAAGAAGAAGAAGAGGAAGAAGAAGAAGAAGAAGAGAACGACAAGGCAGAGGAUGAGGAUGAGGACGAGGACGAGGACGAGGAUGAGGAUGAGGAUGGGGAGGACGAGGAGGAAGAGGAAGAUAAGGAUGACGAUGAGGAGCAAGACAAGGAUUAUAACGCACCUCCCCCCUUAAAUUUAAAAGAGACAAUUAUUGACCCAAUACUCGCCCGAAGCGAAGAUGCAAUUGAUAAAUUCUACCAAUUUACCGAUUGUGUAGGAAUAACAUCAUUGGAAACAUCCGAAAAGUUAAGAGACCAGUUAUCUUCAACAGUAACAUUAAACUAUCUUGAAAUUGGAUUGGAAUUUAUCGUCUUUUUAUAUAACUUUACCAAAAUCGUUCCACUCAAUAAGAAUAAACUAUUCCAUCAAUUAUUACAUGAUAACAUACCAUAUUUAGCUACCUCGACAAUUCCAUCAUUGGAAAUCACAGGUUUAUUCGAUUAUAAAGCAAUUGUCACCGGUAUUACUUGGACAAUUUUGGCUGUCUUGUUACCUUCGAUCAUAUCUUAUUUUGUUAAUUUCACAUCAAGGGUGAUUGAAAUCGAAGACGAUGAAUAUUUAUUUAGAGUUUAUUCAUUUGAUCCAUUCAUCUUUGCCCUUGCUAAAUUAUUGGUUUAUUAUUUCGUUGGUCAAAGCACUAUUUUGCAAUUUGCUACUAGUGAGUGUUUAUUAAGCAGCUUAUGGAAUAAAUCCUUGAUCCAUUUGGGAUUGUACCAUACUUUUGCUUCAACGUUGGGUACUUUACCUUACAUCUUGGGUGGUGUCAAUGUUUUGAUUGCCUUGUACUCCCAGUUUGAAGAAUACUAG